AUGCCUCUUUUUUCGAUCCUUUUCCCAUAUUUCCCUAUCUUCUCGACUAGCCUUUCCCGGCGAAAUCGCCGGCCAACAACCGUAGCUUCCGCUGCCGGAUAGUCUCUCCCGCCGCCAUUCCUGUCCCUCGAGCAUUUUAUAUUUUGGCUGUAGAUCUAUAUUUCUGAUAAAAUCAUUUGGCUAUUGGAGGAGCGUAGAAAAUGGACGGGGCUGUGGGACUUAGAAAUGUUGGCUCACACUGCUCUAUCUCUGAGAUGGAUGAUUAUGACCUCUCUCGUCUCCUUGACAAGCCAAGGCUGAACAUAGAGAGACAGAGAUCAUUUGAUGAAAGGUCACUUAGUGAACUGUCAAUUGGUCUCACGAGAGGCUGCUUUGAUGACACAUACUCACCUGGAGGAAGAUCUGGGUUAGACACUCCUGUUUCCUCAAUGCGGACCUCAUUUGAGCCUCAUCCUAUGGUUGCUGAUGCUUGGGAAGCCUUGCGAAAAUCUCUAGUGUCUUUCAGAGGCCAACCAGUUGGAACAAUUGCUGCAAUUGAUCAUCAAUCAGAGGAAGUUCUAAACUACGAUCAGGUUUUUGUUCGGGAUUUUGUGCCCAGUGCUCUGGCCUUUUUGAUGAAUGGUGAACCUGAUAUAGUUAAGAACUUCUUACUGAAGACGCUUCAUCUUCAAGGCUGGGAAAAAAGAGUAGACCGGUUUAAGCUUGGUGAAGGUGUAAUGCCUGCUAGUUUUAAAGUCCUUCAUGAUCCUGAUAGGAAAACAGACACUCUGAUUGCAGAUUUUGGUGAAAGUGCAAUUGGACGAGUUGCUCCAGUUGACUCUGGAUUCUGGUGGAUCAUCUUGCUUCGUGCGUACACAAAGUCUACAGGGGAUAUAACUUUGGCUGAAACACCAGAUUGUCAAAAGGGAAUGAGACUUAUAUUGACUCUGUGUUUGUCAGAGGGCUUUGAUACAUUCCCUACUCUGCUUUGUGCUGAUGGAUGCUGCAUGAUUGAUCGGAGAAUGGGUGUUUAUGGCUAUCCUAUAGAGAUUCAAGCACUUUUCUUUAUGGCACUGAGGUGCGCUUUGGUGAUGCUCAAACAUGACGCAGAAGGGAAAGAAUGCAUUGAGCUUAUUGUGAAGCGUUUGCAUGCUCUAAGUUAUCACAUGAGGAAUUACUUUUGGCUUGACUUCCAACAACUAAAUGACAUCUACCGGUACAAGACUGAGGAAUACUCACAUACUGCAGUAAAUAAGUUUAACGUUAUUCCUGAUUCAAUCCCAGAAUGGGUAUUUGAUUUUAUGCCAACACGAGGUGGCUACUUUAUUGGAAAUGUUAGUCCUGCUAGGAUGGAUUUCCGGUGGUUUGCUUUGGGCAAUUGUGUGGCAAUACUUUCAUCUCUUGCUACUCCCGAGCAAUCAAUGGCUAUAAUGGAUCUUAUUGAAGCCCGCUGGGAUGAGCUGGUGGGAGAAAUGCCCUUAAAAAUAUGUUAUCCUGCAAUAGAGAGUCAUGAGUGGCAAAUUGUUACUGGUUGUGAUCCUAAAAAUACCAGAUGGAGUUAUCAUAAUGGAGGAUCUUGGCCAGUACUCCUGUGGCUAUUAACGGCCGCUUGCAUCAAAACGGGGAGACCGCAAAUAGCAAGACGAGCGAUCGAGCUUGCGGAGAGCCGAUUACUGAAGGAUGGGUGGCCCGAGUAUUAUGAUGGAAAACUUGGCAGAUAUGUUGGCAAGCAGGCAAGAAAAUACCAAACCUGGUCUAUUGCAGGUUAUCUGGUGGCAAAGAUGAUGCUGGAGGACCCCUCUCACCUAGGUAUGAUCUCCCUAGAAGAAGACAAGCAGAUGAAGCCAUUGAUUAAAAGAUCAUCUUCUUGGACUUGCUAAAAGAAUUUCAAGCGAUAUUCAAAUAUAGCGGAAACAAAGGUGAGAGACUGUUAUUUCAAUACGGCACUAUUCUUGGUAAUUUCCUUCCUCCUCUUAGGCUUUGGUUGGAUGUUUGGUUAUUGUAAAAUAGCGGCUGCUGAGACUAGCAUCCUGCUUUUCCCAAAUAAGGAAAAAAACAUUUCGGCCCUUUUA